GUGUUCGUGCCAAACUUCAAAGGCCUAAUAUUGGUGUCCCUCCAAAGUUCACUCCCUUUUUUAGAUGCUCGCUAAAGACUAGAGACGGAUGGCCGGCAUGUGACUUCAAUGAGUAUAUUUAUGGUCCUAUAUCUCAUUGGCCGACAGAAGAGGAAGUGCGAGAAUUUGAGAGUGGGAAGAAGCCAUGGCCAUGUACAACUACUCCUAGUCUUCGAUGCAAGUGUGGUAUUCUGGCCACAAAAGGCGUAAUUCCUUCUGAGCUUGGCUACGGAUAUUACUGUGGCAAUAGCUACGGAGAGUAUUGGGAGGGAAGGACAUGUGAUUGGGAGUGGUUCCAAGGCCGGUAUGAGCUAAUGUUGCAAUUGGGCAGAACAAAAGAGCCUUGGAAAUCUAGAGACACUAUAAAUAGAAAACUGAAGAUAAGGAAGGAUUACGAAGUUAUUUUGCCCCUUGAGUCAUUUCUGUCAGGGACUGUACUCCAAGACCUACGGCGUGAGUAUGGAAAGAAGGCAGCAGAAAAGGCAACUCUUGAGGAUUGCAUUGUUUAUUGGAGGAGGAACCGAAGCAAGUACCCACGGCCCCUCACAGAUAGGGAGCUUUUGGCAAAUUAUGAGAAGAAGAAGGAGGAGGAGGAGAUGGAGAGGCAGAGGUUAAGGGAGGAAAGAGCAAAGAAAGGUUUCACUGUUGAUACGGAAGCUAAAUACCCAAAGGGUUCUUGGGAAGAAUAUUUUCAGAAAUUGGAGGCUAACAAGCGGAUUGAAGAAAUGGAACAGAUGGAGGAUUUAGCUCAGGAGGCUCAGAUGGAGGCAAUGCAGGCCCUAGUUGCCGAUCUACCACACAAGGUGCCCAACAUUGAGAAGGAUGUGUCAUCCGCGAGCACGGAGGUUUUGGUUGUUAGAGCUACUGAAAUGGAGGCAAUGAAGUCAAUUGUAGGAGACUUACCUGCCCAGGACAAAGGGAAGAGUGUUUCUGAGCAUGACCAUGUUCUUGAUGAUGGAGAUGAUGACGAGUGGUGGGCAAUGAAUGCAGCGGAAGUAGAGGUCAUAGUGUCCCAAAUUGAGGUGAGAAAGGGGAAAGCUGUAGUCAAAGAUGAUGGAGAUGAUGAUGAUGACGGUUGGGGAGAGCUUUUGAUUGAAGGCGACUCUGAUUAGCUAGUUUUAUUUAUACUUGUAUGGACUCUAUAUAUGAUUGAACUAUGUGUGUGACGGACUUUUUUUAUUGCUGGACUAUUUAUGUGCUUUACCUAUUCAUGUGGUUGUCGUUUGUGUAUGAGACUUUAUUUGUAGUUUCGAACAUUGUAUGGUUAUGAAAUUAGGAAUUUAUUUAGUUUGUAUCGUGUGCAAUUUAA